CAUAUUUGUACUGAAAUUUCGGUGCGUGUUAAAAAGCCCCUUUUUUUUCCUUCGACUUCUUCGUUUCCACAAGCCCCAUUUUCUUUACUUUUCCUCUCUCUUUCUCUCCCAUUCUCUGUUUCAGUCAGAUCUGAGGCUAUGUCUACCGGAACGGCGUCCUAUUGGUGUUACCGCUGCAGCCGUUUCGUUCGUGCUUGGGCUCAGGACUCCAUCACUUGUCCUUACUGUGACGGUGGCUUUGUUGAAGCUAUUGAAACCGCUUCUUCUCUUCCGGCGCCCAAUCUCCACCGUCGGUUAUCUCCGACUGCGAUCCAUACUGUGGAUCAAGAUUCGUUUCAGUCUCCUCGUUUGAGUACCCGCCGUAGUCGUCGGAGAUUUGGGGAUCGGUCGACUUUUAACCCUGUUGUUGUUCUUCGUGGUUCUGCUGAUGCCGGGGAUGUGGUUGGCGGUGGGGAAAGGAAUAGCUUUGAUAUUUACUAUGACGAUGGUGCUGGGUCUGGGCUUCGGCCGGUUCCGGCGACCAUGUCUGAGUUUUUGAUGGGGACUGGGUUCGAUCGGUUGCUGGAGCAGUUGGCUCAACUGGAGAUAAACGGGUUUGGUAGAUCUGAAAAUCCGCCGGCGUCAAAAGCUGCAGUGGAAUCAAUGCCGACGAUUGAGAUUUUAGAAAGUCAUGUGGAUUCUGAUUCGCACUGCGCCGUGUGUAAAGAAGCCUUUGAAAUCGGAACUGAAGCCCGAGAAAUGCCGUGUAAGCAUAUAUAUCACUCCGAUUGCAUAAUCCCUUGGCUUUCCAUGAGAAAUUCCUGUCCGGUCUGCCGGCACGAACUACCCUCGGAGCGUGUAUCUCCGGCUGGUGGGGUUUCAGAUCGGGUUGUUGACGAAGAAACCGUAGGGUUAACGAUCUGGAGGCUCCCCGGUGGUGGGUUUGCCGUCGGACGAUUCUCCGGCGGAAGAUUGGCCGGCGAGAGAGACCCACCGGCUGUGUACACCGAAAUGGACGGUGGGUUUAAUGCGAACGGAGUUCCAAGAAGGGUUUCGUGGGCUUCGAGAAGAAGCAGGGGAAGAGAGAGCCGUGGAAUUGGACGAACAUUUCGUAAUAUAUUUUCCUUCUUUGGAAGAUUUAGGUCGUCGAGUUCAUCUUCUUCCUCGCCUUCAAAUGAAUCUGAGUCUGUCAGUAGAAGCCAUAGCCAUUCGAGUUCUUCAGUUUUCAGCAGAUACUUACGAAGGCAAAACAGAGCUUGGGUGUUGGAGAACCAGAAUGAAAAUGGUCGAUGGUGAUUCUUUUUCUUCAUUCAACAAUUGCAAUUACUUUGCCUUGUAUUCUUUUUUGAUCUGUUCAUUACAUUUAUUGAACAAAUACCUUCACAAAUCAUCAUAUUAGAUUGUGUAUAUAUUAUAUAUAUAUUUUUUGACUUGGCAUAACAAUGAAUGCCCUCUUAGUUCAAA